UCAACCAGAAAGAGAGAGAUUCAAUGGGGUAUUUGACAUUUAGUGGAAGUGUGGUGGAGAAAGGGGUAUAGAGGACCCACAAGCGAGAAAAGACGGUAGUGUUAGAAUCAACACAACUCUCCCCACAGCAUCCAGAUUAACAGUCAUGUUGGCUUUUCGUUUUUACCGUUUAUUUUUCUCCUUUUAUGCGUAGGAUCCAAGUCGUUUCCCACUCCCAUUUAUCUUUGGUCGCACCCUUUUCUUUUUAUCUUUAUUUUCUCUGUUUCUCUCUCUAAGGUGUUUGGAAGGGUCACUGCUUCGCAGGGCCGAAGGAUUUUAUCUGAUCGAGAUUCAUCAGAUUCUAUUGUCUCUGCAGAUUCUUAAUUUAUCUGGAACCUUAGCUGUGUGGUUGCUGUUUCAGGCCAGUGAACUCUUGAGAGAAUGAAGAUUUUGGGAAAAGCUUGCCAAGCUACUGGCAAAUAACAUUUGAUGUUAUGGGUUGGCUGACCAAGAUUCUUAAAGGUUCUAGCUAUAAAGGGCACCAUCAUGGGAAAUAUCAAGAAGAAAGAAUGUGGGAUGAAGCUCGUAAUUCAGUGGAUGAACUGACAGAUGUCGAGAAAGAAGAAAUUGAUUGUGCUAUUGCACUUUCCCUCGCAGAAGAAGACCAUAAAGGAAAAAAUGUGAUUGAUGAUGACUCUCAAUCGGAGGAAGAUGAGCAUCUUGCUAGAGCUCAACCCGAGGAAGAUGAACAUCUUGCUAGAGCUCAACCCGAGGAAGAUGAACAUCUUGCUAAAGUUCAAUUGGAGGAAGAUGAACAACUUGCAAAAGCUCUUCAGGAAAGUAUGUUUGUGGAGUCCCCUCCUCGAUAUGAUAGCGGAAAUAUAUUUCAACCUUUUCCAUUCUUCUCGUCAGGUGGAUACAGGAUCUGCGCUGGCUGCAAGACUGAGAUUGGCCAUGGACGGUUUUUGAGUUGCAUGGGUGCUGUUUGGCAUCCAGAAUGUUUUCGGUGUCGUGCUUGCAAUCAACCUAUUACUGAUUAUGAGUUUUCUAUGUCUGGCAAUCACCCGUAUCACAAAUCGUGCUAUAAGGAGCAGAAUCACCCAAGAUGUGAUGUUUGCAAGAACUAUAUCCCAACAAAUUCAGCAGGUCUUAUUGAGUAUAGGGCACAUCCUUUCUGGCUGCAAAAGUACUGCCCCUCACAUGAACGCGAUAGGACUCCUCGUUGUUGUAGCUGUGAAAGAAUGGAGCCAACGGACACAAGAUAUCUGUCGCUUGAUGAUGGUCGGAAGCUAUGUCUAGAGUGUCUAGACUCAGCCAUUAUGGAUACUCAUGAAUGUCAACCUCUUUACCUUGAAAUACAAGGAUUUUAUGAAGGUUUAAAUAUGAAAGUGGAGCAGCAAGUCCCAAUGCUCUUGGUUGAGAGACAAGCACUAAAUGAGGCAAUGGAGGGAGAAAAGAAUGGUCAUCAUCACUUGCCUGAGACCAGAGGACUUUGUUUGUCGGAAGAACAGACUGUUACGACUAUCCUAAGGAGGCCAAGGAUUGGGGCAGGCUACCGGAUCAUAGACAUGAUAACUGAGCCUUAUAGGCUGAGUCGUCGAUGUGAAGUGACAGCAAUUCUUGUUUUAUAUGGCCUCCCAAGGUUAUUGACGGGUUCAAUCCUGGCACACGAGAUGAUGCAUGCAUGGCUCAGGCUUAAAGGUUACCCCAAUCUGCGUCCAGAGGUUGAAGAAGGUAUCUGCCAGGUCUUAGCUCAUAUGUGGUUGGAGUCUGAGAUAUAUUCGAUACCUGGAAGUGAUGUUGCCUCUUCAUCAUCUUCAUCACCAUCUUCCUCAUCUUCGUCAUCCUCUAAUACCUCAUCAAAAAAGGGUAAAAGAUCCGACUUUGAGAAGAAACUAGGUGAAUUUUUUAAACACCAGAUCGAGUCCGAUACAUCAUCAGCUUAUGGAGAAGGAUUCAGGUUAGGUAACCAGGCGGUGCUCAAAUACGGUCUAAAGAGAACUCUUGACCAUAUUCGAAUGACAGGAAGCUUUCCAUAGAUUAUACAGUGAUAUUAUAUCCUAGUUUUUUUCCCUCCCACAUGAAUCAAUGUCUUGUCUUAACUGUCAUGUCAUGAUAUAUAGUUCAAUAGGACCCAAACCCAUAUGAAUUCAGGAGAAAAAUAAACGAGAGAACUCUCCUUUAUAUGUGCAAUUCCUGUAAUCUCCUCCUGGCCCCAUAAUGAUGCUACCUUGUACUCCUAUAUAUAGGAACAUCGAAUCAACGAAUAUAUACACGUUUCUUCUCGUCUA